UCCCCCACAUCCCCACCUUCGCCGAGUCGCGAGCGCAAAAUUCGAUCGAUCGCAGCGCAAGUGGCGGACUAUCGGCAUUGAAUCCAUCCGUGUAGAAGAAGUCGAGCUGAAAUAUUUACGAAGAAACUGGCAGCGGGAGACCUCGAGGGGGCGAGGUUACAUUCAUUAGAUAAAAACGGAUUUACUGGGCAGUUGCGCACUGACUUCGUGCGAGCAAAGAGCCGGCACCUUCUGAUCAUUUACAUUUGAAGAAGGCGUCGUAGUUUCGUUUGGCGUCUGGCGUCUGUUUGAAACCUUGUGAACGUCGAGAGCCGCCCGCGAAGCGACUCAGGAUGUUCAAGUGAACACGUCGCCCACAUCAUCACACGGAGCUCGGAUAACGAGAAGCUAUCUUGUAUACUUUGAUCUCAUUGACGAAAAGAAGCCACAACGCCGGGGAACGACAUGGUCCUCGGCGAGAGAGACGCCGCAACCCGGUUGACUACUGCGGCAGCCAGGGGAGACGUCAAAGAAGUGAGGAGGCUGCUUCAGGAGAGCUGCGUACAUCCAGAUAUGAGGAAUGAAUUCGGAAGGACGGCACUGCAGGUGAUGAUGUUUGGCAGUUCCAGUGUGGCCUUGGAGCUUCUGACACAUGGGGCUACACCCAACGUUCAGGACAGUUUGGGCAUCACCCCAGCACAUGAUGCAGCAAGAACCGGCUUUUUGGACACUCUCAAGGUAUUGGUUGAACACGGUGCCUCUGUGAACCUGCCAGACAACACUGGGGCACUUCCUAUACAUUUAGCAAUUCAAGAAGGGCAUACCGAUGUGAUCCACUUCCUUGCUCCCCGAUCUGAUCUGAGGCACAGGGCUGCUGGAGGUAAAUCUGCUCUAGAUUUGGCCAGAGUUUCAGGCUUUCCAGAUGUGGUAAGAUUACUGGAGCAGCAUCUGGAGCCCACUUUAUAAUGUACUGCCUCAUUUUUGUGAGAUGGUCAGAGUGAACUGGUCUCUCCAAGUAAGCAGUCAGAAGUAAGCCACAAACAGCAAAACUCUUUCUGACUGACUCUUUGCUGUAUAUGUGUCUGAGGAAAAAACACUUCCAGGAGAGGAUCUUCGUUUAUGCAAUUUGAGUUGGUAAGGCAUUACCGCUUUUACAGUUUUAAAAAGUUAACUAUUUUGCAUGUGUGUUUUCAAUUCAUUAAGUUAUUUGGUAUUUUAAUAGGUUGGUAUUAUUUUAUGAAAGGUUUUUUUUUUUUUAAAAACAACUUCUCAGAACUGCGGCAUAGAAAACUGCACUCACAUUUUAAGAUUGCUGAUCACACUUGGUCCAGUGGCCAUGAUGCAGUGAAUGUAUGCUUGUGAUGCACUUGAAGGAAAUGUACAUGGUCACUAGAAAGGGACUUAAAAAUGUUGAAUCUCAUAAAAAGAAAGCAAACCUAGAUUUUUUUUUUUUUUUACAAAACAUACAGAAGAUCUCGUUUUGAUCUCCCUCUAAAAUGUCACACCUUAAAAGACCUCGAUGUGCGCACUUAAUGAUGAGGGGAGGUUUGGGAUUAGCACAGACUGUUUUGGGUUACAGGCUGCUGAAUCUCCAACAGGAAUGAAUACUGGCACUCACCCUGCAAAAAAAAAAAAAAGUUUGGGAUGGACAGCCCAUGUGCCAGAUUGUGCUCCAGUAAGUAAACAGUCGACUUGUCCUCCUUUAACAUUUUUUUCUUUGAUACAUUCAUAUAAAAGAUGUAAAGCUCAAACCAUUUUAGAAAAGAUAUUUCUCCAAAAACACUGCAGUUACUUUAUGACAGAAACACAGGUGGGGUGGAGUUGACCCGUGCGACUUCUUGUGAAGUUACUAAUCACAUCAUUGCCAAGAUCUUGUUUUGCAUUAUUUCUGAAAAAAGAUCAAGUGUUUAAAAACAAAACCUUUUGAAAUAUGUCAGUUUUUCAAUGACGCUGUUUAUAUUUGCUUACUGAUACAAUUUCCGCUGGGGCAAGUAACCUAUUUAAUUAUUUAUAUAUAUUAUUUUUAUUGUUGGGUUAACCGAGAAACAAAAAUGUAUGAAUUGAAAUUACUUUUGUCAUGCAGAGAAUAUUUAAGCAAAUUUCUUUUUGUAUUCACAUGUAUGUAACUAUUCAUGAAAUGUGUUUUUAAAGUAAAGCACACGUUUUGGGCAAUUUCUCUGCCCUUACCUAAUGUUAUGUGUUGUUCUCUUAUCUUUGCAAUGUAUGUAGCUUGGAAAGGAUUUCUCCAUGUAUGUACUUGUAGAUAUUUUAAUAAUCGUAAUCCUACAAAGAAAGCACCGCCGUGCUUUAAUGUGAAAAUUGAAUGCAGAAGAAUCUCCAGUACUGUUCAUAGAUUUAAGCCUUUUUUUUUCCUGUGUAAAAGUGUUAUAAAUUUUUAUUUUUUUAAUCAAUAUGUGGAUUAUUUAUGAAAUUUCUCCUCUGCACUAUAUGUUGGUUUGAAGUGUUAAGCUGUAUGUUUAUUUAUAUGCACUGUAAGUAAUUCACUAAAAUGUGUUCUCAGUUUUACUGUUAAUGGGUUUGACCCUGCAUAGUAACUGUACCUCUCAUAAGGUGCACUUCUUUAUACUGAUUAUUUUUGUACUGUUAGCCAUACACAACUGCAUGAACUUUUCAAGUUUUUUAGCAUUUACUUUUGAAUAUACUAAAUCUGUGUAUUCCGUUAUUUAACAUUUAUGCACUACUUUCAAAUGCACAUGUUCACUGUCUGAAUAAAAAGAUGCUAAAAUGCUUUGUGUACGCCAGACACAUGAAGUGCAAUGAUGAGACACUUUCAGUUAAGGUGAAACCUAAAUGUACUUGAAGUGUGUUAGUUCAAACUUUUUUAUGUACUUCUUCCUACUGAUUUAUUCUAUGUACUAAAUUUUAGCUUAUUUAUAACUUUAAUUUCUGAUAUGAUUUCAACAUUGAACAUGAACAAUGUAAAACAAAUCAAAUGAUUCAUUUUUAAUGUUGGUCGUUUGCAUAUUUUAAGAGGCAUUUUAUUACAACAGCCUUGGUUCUGUGAGCUUAUUUGAAAAAGGUAAAAAUAUGUAUAAUAUGAAUGUGAGAAAUUGAAUGUGUAUUUGACUAUAAAUAAACCCGCUUAAAAUAACUGUACA